AUGUGGAGCCUCGGAGCCGCCAGCAGCGUGCGGCCCGCGGGCAUGGCCAGGAUGGCCAAGUGUGGCGCCAGACUCGGCGGCAGCAGUGUGGGUGACGCGGGUGACAACGCCCGGCGCUCGCCAAAGGCAAAGAAGCUACAGAAUGUGCUCGGUGUGUCCGCGUUAGCCAUAUAUCUAGUGUUAGUGUUUAGUGUUAAUGUGGCGCUGGUGGAGGGCAAGCACCACCAUCAUCAUCAGAACGGCGGUGGCGUCGGUGGCGGCGGCCACGAGGAGUUCAAAUUCGAUCCCACGAACAGCUUUAUUAGUUUAGUCCUGCCGCACGACACAUAUCCCGGCUACAGCAUCCAGAAGUUCAGCGCCAACUUCACCGGCCCGAACUCGCCGUUCGCCUCGAUCUCGUCCUACUCGUCGAAGCCGCUCAACUACCGGCUGCUGGAGACGGACUACUCGAAGUACUUCACCGUGCUGGAGGACGGCCUGGUGAUGACGACGGCCGACCUGUCGCCGCUGGUGAACCGGCCGGUGAAGCUGGUCGUGCUGGAGGAGACGCCCAACUCGACCGCCACGCACCAGCUGCAGCUGUACGUGAUGAACCGCAAGGACAUGCUGCACUUCCCGACCAUGCUGGCCGACGCGGUGGGCGAGCUGAGCGAGAACCGGGACGCGGGGACGCGCGUCCGCGACCUGCCCCUGCUCCAGGCGAACUCGGCCCGCGGCGCCAAGACGGUGAUCUACUCGAUCGUGGCCGGCGGGGAGGAGUUCGCGCUCGAGAGCAGCAGCACCGGCGAGGUCGGCCCGACCGUGCGCAUCGAGGAGCCGCGCAAGCACGGCGUGUGGCUGGUGUCGGCCAAGCCGCUCGACCGCGAGCAGCAGGACGAGUGGACGGUCGUGGUGGAGGCAAGCGACGCGAAGAAGAUCAACAAGGCGCAGGUGCGGCUGCCGGUGCGCGUCACCGACGUCAACGACAACCGGCCGGUGUUCGGCAAGCCCGACUACCGCUUCACGGUGACCGGCGUGAAGGCGACCACGCCGGCCGGCAACGAGACGGUCACCUGGGAGCGCUUCACCAGCGUCGGCAAGGUGGAGGCGAAGGACGCCGACGGCGAUAAGGUGGCGUACCGGCUGACCAACCCCAGCAACACGGUCGUGAUCGUGCCCCAGACGGGCGAGCUACUUCUCGCCGGCGAGCCGGACCUCUCGGAGCUGUUCGUCGACGUGGAGGCGCACGAUCUGCGCACGCCGAGCCUCAAGAGCGAGCGGCCGGCGCGGGUGCUGAUCGAGUUCGUCGCCCCCGACCCGCUGCCGGUGAUCGUGCAGCACAUGGGCCACGAGUACCAGCACUCGCACCGGCGUGACAAGCGGCGGGUGACGCGUGCUGUCCGGCCGACCAAGCGGAUCGAGUUCACCGAGGCCGACGGCGACACAGAGGGCCGGAACGUGUUCCAGCUGGAGAAGGAGACGGACCGCGAGACGUUCAAGAUCCGCGACGAGAACCCCUGGGUGACGGUCGAGACGAACGGGGCGGUGCGCGUCAAGAAGAAGUGGGACUACGAGGAGCUCGGCCCGGAGAAGACGAUCGACUUCUGGGUGAUCAUCACCAACCAGGGGCACAACGCCGGACUUAAAUACACCGACAAUCAGCGUGUCAUCAUCCACGUGAAGGAUGUGAACGACGAGCCACCGUACUUCAUCAACCGACCGCUUCCGAUGCAGGCCGUGGUACAGCUGAAUGCACCCCCGAACACGCCCGUGUUCACGCUGCAGGCACGCGAUCCGGAUACCGAUCACAACAUUCACUACUUCAUCGUACGUGACCGGACGGGCGGGCGGUUCGAGGUGGACGAGCGGUCCGGCGUGGUGCGGACGCGCGGUACCGAUCUGUUCCAGCUGGACAUGGAGUACGUGCUGUACGUGAAGGCGGAGGAUCAGAACGGCAAGGUGGACGACCGGCGCUUCCAGAGCACCCCGGAGGAGCGGCUGUCGAUUGUCGGUGGCAAGCGCGCGCCCCAGUUCUACAUGCCGAGCUACGAGGCGGAAAUUCCCGAGAACCAGAAAAAGGACUCCGACAUCAUUUCCGUGAAGGCCAAGUCGUUCGCCGACCGGGAGAUCCGGUACACGCUGAAGGCGCAAGGACAGGGUGCGGGUACGUUCAACAUUGGACCGACGUCGGGCAUUGUGAAGCUGGCGAAGGAGCUAGACUUUGAGGAUUUGCGUCAGCCACACGUUUACUCGCUGGUCGUUACCGCCACGGAAGAUUCCGGUGGUUUCUCGACUUCCGUAGAGCUCACCAUUCGCGUCACGGACGUAAACGAUAAUGCACCAAAGUUUGAACUGCCCGACUAUCAGGCCCAUAACGUCGACGAAGACAUUCCGCUGGGCACGAGCAUCCUGAAGGUGAAGGCAAUGGAUGCGGAUUCUGGCGCGAACGCCGAAAUAGAAUACCUGGUGUCGGACGACCACUUUGCGGUGGAUUCGAACGGCAUCAUCGUGAACAACAAGCAGCUCGAUGCGGACAACAACAACGCGUACUACGAGUUCGUGGUGACCGCGAAGGAUAAGGGUGAGCCCGCGAAAACCGGCACGGCCACGGUGCGCGUGUACACGAAGAACAAGAACGACGAGGAGCCCAAGUUCAGUCAGCAGGUGUAUACGCCGAACGUGGACGAAAAUGCCGGUCCGAACACGCUCGUGACGACCGUGGUGGCCUCGGACAAGGAUGGUGACAACGUGCGGUUCGGGUUUGUCGGUGGUGGCACCAGCAGUGGUCAGUUCGUGAUCGAAGAAAUCACCGGUGUAAUCCGGCUGCACAGUAAGGCCAUCUCGCUCGAUCGGGACAAGUAUGAAUUGAAUGUGACAGCUAUGGAUGAUGGGUCGUGCUGCGUCAACGGGGACGCAACGAUCCACACAUCUACAGCUGUCGUCGUUGUGUUCAUCACCGAUGUGAACGACAACAAGCCGGUGUUCAAGGACUGUGGCACCUACUAUCCGAAGGUGGAAGAGGGCGCCCCGAACGGUAGCCCCGUCAUAAAGGUGCAGGCAACCGACGAGGAUAAGGGUGUUAAUGGACAGGUGAAAUACUCCAUUGUUCAGCAACCGAACCAGAAAGGCACCAAGUUCACCGUCGAUGAGGAAACGGGCGAAGUGUCCACCAACAAGGUGUUCGAUCGCGAGGGUGACGAUGGAAAGUUUGUCUCGGUCACGGUUAAAGCGACCGAUCAGGGCGAACCCAGUCUAGAAGGUGUUUGCUCCUUCACGGUGGAAAUUACGGAUGUAAACGACAAUCCACCCUUGUUCGAUCGACAGAAAUACGUCGAAAAUGUCAAGCAAGAUGCGAGCAUCGGUACGAACAUCCUUCGUGUAUCGGCAUCCGACGAGGACGCAGACAACAACGGUGCCAUAGUCUAUACGCUCAGUGCUCCUCACAGCCCGAACGAUUUGGAAUAUUUCGAGAUUCAGCCAGAAUCCGGUUGGAUCGUGCUCAAAAAACCGCUGGACGGCUGCUACUCCCGUGAACGGUAUCGGCUGAAGGUGUACGCCUCGGAUCGAGGCGACCCGCCGUCCACCGCCGACGUGGACGUUGAGCUCGAUGUGGUCGAUCGGAAUAAUAAGCCACCGAUCUGGGAUCGCAAUAUCUAUGGCCCCAUUCACAUUAGGGAAAAUGUCACUGUCGGUACGGUAGUCACAUCGGUCAAAGCAAGCUCGGGCAUCGAAGGAAAUCCUACGGUCUUCUAUCGGCUGAUGCCCGGAUCGACGGCGCAAACGAACAAACUGCACACGUUCUACCUUCAGCAACGGCCCGACAAUGGCGACACGUGGGCCGACAUCAAAGUGAACCAUCCGCUGGACUUCGAAACCAUCAAAGAGUACAACCUGACCGUGCGCGUUGAGAACAACGGUGCCCAGCAGCUUGCAUCGGAGGCGACUGUUUACAUACAAUUAGAGGAUGUAAACGACGAAAUACCACUGUUUACCGAACGUGAACAGGAAACCGUCCUCGAGGGCGAACCGAUCGGCACCAAGGUGACACAGGUGAACGCAAUCGAUAAGGACGGCACCUUCCCCAACAAUCAGGUCUACUACUACAUCGUCGAUUCGCCCCGGAACGAGGGUAAAGAUUUCUUCGAAAUCAACCUGCAGAGCGGCGAAAUAUUCACCAAAGUCGUGUUCGAUCGUGAGAAGCAGGGCGCGUACGCGCUGGAAGUCGAAGCACGUGACGGUGCACCAUCGGCCCGACCGAACAGCAAUCAGCAGCCCAAUUCAGUCACCAAGUUCAUCCGUAUUGGUAUUGCCGACAAGAAUGACAACCCACCGUACUUCGACAAGGCGCUGUACGAGGCGGAGGUCGACGAAAACGAGGACAUCCAGCACACGGUGCUCACCGUCACCGCCAAGGAUCACGAUGAAUCGUCGCGUAUACGAUAUGAGAUCACGAGCGGUAACAUAGGCGGCGCCUUCGCCGUCAAGAACAUGACGGGCGCUAUCUACGUUGCCGGCGCCCUGGACUACGAGACGAGGAAACGAUAUGAACUUCGUCUCGCAGCAUCGGAUAACCUGAAGGAAAACUACACCACGGUCGUUAUCCACGUGAAGGACGUCAACGAUAAUCCGCCCGUUUUCGAGCGGCCAACGUACCGCACGCAGAUCACCGAGGAGGACGAUCGUAAUCUACCGAAGCGUGUCCUGCAGGUCACGGCGACGGACGGUGACAAGGAUCGGCCGCAGAACAUCGUCUACUUCCUCACCGGCCAGGGCAUCGAUCCGGACAAUCCGGCCAACAGCAAGUUCGACAUUAACCGGACCACCGGCGAGAUCUUCGUACUCAAGCCACUGGACCGGGAUCAACCGAACGGGCGGCCCCAGUGGCGCUUCACGGUGUUUGCUCAGGACGAGGGCGGCGAGGGUUUGGUCGGGUACGCGGACGUGCAGGUCAACCUGAAGGACAUCAACGACAAUGCACCGAUCUUCCCGCAGGGUGUCUACUUUGGCAACGUGACCGAGAACGGUACCGCCGGCAUGGUUGUAAUGACCAUGACGGCCGUCGACUACGACGACCCGAACGAAGGAACGAACGCCAAGCUGAUAUACUCCAUCGAGAAGAACGUGAUAGAGGAGGAGACGGGCUCGCCGAUAUUCGAAAUCGAAGCGGACACCGGCGUCAUCAAGACGGCCGUCUGCUGCCUCGACCGCGAGCGCACACCGGACUACUCGAUACAGGUCGUCGCGAUGGACGGCGGGGGGUUGAAAGGGACCGGGACGGCCUCUAUACGCGUCAAGGAUAUAAACGACAUGCCGCCGCAGUUCACCAAGGACGAGUGGUUCACCGAGGUGGACGAAACGGACGGCACCAACCUGCCGGAGAUGCCCAUCCUCACGGUGACGGUGCACGACGAGGACGAGACGAACAAGUUCCAGUACAAGGUGAUCGACAACAGCGGGUACGGGGCGGACAAGUUCACCAUGGUGCGCAACAACGACGGCACCGGCAGCUUGAAGAUCGUCCAGCCGCUCGACUACGAGGACCCGCUGCAGAGCAACGGCUUCCGGUUCCGCAUCCAGGUGAACGACAAGGGCGAGGACAACGACAACGACAAGUACCACGUCGCGUACUCGUGGGUGGUGGUGAAGCUGCGGGACAUUAACGACAACAAGCCACAGUUCGAGCGCCCCAACAUCGAGGUGUCGGUGUACGAGAACGCGGACGUCGGGAAGACGCUGGAAACGUUCAAGGCGACCGAUCCGGAUCAGGGUGGCAAGAGUAAGGUGUCGUACGCCAUCGACCGGUCGUCCGACCGGCAACGCCAGUUCUCGAUCAACCAGGAGGGCACGGUCACGAUCCAGCGCAAUCUCGACCGGGAGGUCACACCGCGCCAUCAGGUGAAGAUACUUGCGAUCGACGAUGGCAUCCCGCCGAAGACGGCCACCGCCACGCUCACGGUGAUUGUGCAGGACAUCAACGACAACCCGCCGAAGUUCCUCAAGGACUAUCGGCCGGUGCUGCCGGAGCAUGUGCCGCCGCGCAAGGUGGUGGAGAUCCUCGCCACCGACGACGACGAUCGCUCGAAGAGCAACGGCCCGCCAUUCCAGUUCCGCCUGGACCCGGGCGCGGACGACAUCAUCCGGGCGUCGUUCAAGGUGGAACAGGACCAGAAGGGUGCCAACGGAGACGGCAUGGCGAUCGUGUCGUCGCUCCGCUCGUUCGACCGCGAACAGCAGAAGGAGUACCUCAUUCCGAUCGUCAUCAAAGACCACGGCAAUCCGGCCAUGACGGGCACCAGCACGCUCACGGUGGUCAUAGGCGACGUCAACGACAAUAAGAUGCAACCGGGCUCGAAGGAUAUCUUCGUGUACAACUACCUCGGGCAAGCGCCCGACACGCAGAUCGGCAGGGUGUACGUGUACGACCUCGAUGACUGGGAUCUACCGGACAAGAAGUUCCACUGGGAGGCUCAGGAACAUCCACGCUUCAAGCUAGACGAAGACACCGGCAUGAUAACGAUGCGCCAGGGAACGCGCGACGGUCGCUACCAUCUGCGCUUCAAGGUGUACGAUCGAAAGCACACGCAGGCGGACGUGCCGGCCAACGUAACCGUAACGGUGCGGGAGAUACCGCACGAGGCCGUCACCAACAGUGGCUCCAUUCGGAUAGCGGGCAUUACGGAUGAGGACUUCAUACGUGUGUGGAACUACCGCACGCAGAGCCUUUCGCGCAGCAAAUCGGACCGGUUCAAGGACAAGCUGGCCGACCUGCUCAACAUCGAUCGGGAGAACGUGGACGUGUUCAGUGUGCAGCUGCGCCGUAAGCACCCUCCGCUAACGGAUGUGCGCUUUUCCGCGCAUGGGUCGCCGUACUACAAGCCGGUCAGGCUGAACGGCAUCGUGCUGAUGCACCGCGAGGAGAUCGAGAAGGACGUCGGCAUCAACAUCACCAUGGUGGGCAUCGACGAGUGUCUGUACGAGAACCAGAUGUGCGAGGGUUCGUGCACGAACACGCUCGACAUCAGCUCGCUGCCGUACAUGGUGAACGCGAACAAGACGUCGCUGGUGGGCGUGCGGGUGGAUGUGAUCGCGGAGUGUACGUGCGGUGCGCGCAACUUCAGCAAGGCCGAAUCGUGUCGAUCUUCCCCGUGCCACAACGGAGGCCGAUGCAUGGAAACGCGCUACGGAUUGAGCUGCUCCUGCCCGACCGGCUACACCGGGCCGCGCUGCCAGCAGACGACGCGCAGCUUCAAGGGUAACGGGUGGGCCUGGUACCCUCCGCUGGACAUGUGCGACGAUUCGCAUCUGAGCUUCGAGUUUAUCACGCGCAAAUCGGAUGGGUUGCUGCUGUACAACGGACCGAUCGUGCCACCGGAGCGCGACGAGCUGCUCGUGUCGGACUUCAUUUCCGUUGAGCUGGAGCGCGGUUUCCCGCGAUUGCUGAUCGAUUUCGGCUCCGGCACGCUUGAGCUGCGCGUAAAGACGAAGAAAAGCCUCGACGAUGGUGAAUGGCAUCGGCUCGACAUCUUCUGGGACACGGAGAACGUGCGCAUGGUGGUGGACUACUGCAAGUCGGCCGAGGUGUCCGAGAUGGAGGACGGUUCGCCGCCGGAGUUCGACGACGCUUCGUGUCAGGCUCGCGGCACCAUACCGCCCUUCAACGAGUACUUGAACGUGAACGCGCCGCUCCAGAUCGGUGGCUUCUACCGCGAGCAGUUCGAUCCGACGCACUACCGCUGGAACUACAUGCCGAUGGGCAAGGGCUUCGACGGGUGCAUCAAGAACCUGGUGCACAACAGCAAGCUGUACGACCUGGCCCAUCCGGGGCUAUCGCGCAACAGCGUCGCCGGCUGCCCGCAGACCGAAGAGGUGUGCAGCCAGAGCGAGCAGACGUCGCGCUGCUGGGAGCACGGCAACUGCGUCGGCAGCUUCACCGAGGCCCGCUGCCAGUGUCGGCCGGGCUGGACCGGGCCGGCGUGCAACAUUCCCACCAUUCCGACCACCUUCAAGCAGCAGAGCUACGUCAAGUACGCGCUCAGCUUCGAGCCGGACCGGUUCAGCACGCAGAUUCAGCUGCGCUUCCGGACGCGCGAACAGCACGGCGAGCUGUUCCGCGUGAGCGACCAGCACAACCGCGAGUACGGCAUCCUGGAGAUUAAGGACGCCCGGCUGCGCUUCCGGUACAAUCUGAACUCGCUGCGCACGGAGGAGAAGGACAUCUGGCUGAACGCCAUCGCCGUGGACGACGGUCAGUGGCACGUGGUGCGCGUGAACCGACACGGUUCGGCGGCGACGCUCGAGCUGGACGGGGGCGAAGGUCGUCGGUACAACGAAACGUUCACCUUCGACGGCCACCAGUGGCUGCUGGUGGACAAGCAGGAAGGUGUGUAUGCCGGCGGCAAGGCGGAGUACACGGGCGUUCGGACAUUCGAGGUAUACGCGGAUUACCAGAAAAGCUGUCUAGAUGACAUUAGAUUGGAAGGCAAACAUCUACCACUACCGCCGGCCAUGAACGGCACGCAAUGGGGCCAGGCCACGAUGGCACGCAACCUGGAGCGCAACUGUCCGUCGAACAAACCGUGCGCCAACGUAAUCUGUCCGGAUCCGUUCGAGUGUGUCGAUCUGUGGAACGAGUACGAGUGCACGUGCGGCGAAGGGCGCGUCAUGUCGCCGGACGGCAAGGGCUGCAUGGAUCGGAACGAGUGUCUCGAUCUGCCGUGCCUGAACGGGGGCGUGUGCGUGAACCAGGAGCCCCGGCUGCGCUACCGCUGCGACUGCCCGGACGGAUUCUGGGGCGAAAACUGCGAGCUCAUCCAGGAGGGCCAGACGCUCAAGCUCAGCAUGGGCGCGCUGGCCGCGAUCCUAGUGUGUCUACUAAUCAUCUUGAUCCUGGUGCUAGUGUUCGUGGUGUACAACCGGAGGCGGGAGUCGCACAUCAAGUAUCCGGGCCCGGAUGACGACGUCCGGGAGAACAUCAUCAACUACGACGAUGAGGGCGGCGGCGAGGAUGACAUGACCGCGUACGACAUCACGCCGCUGCAGAUUCCGAUCGGCCCGAUGCCCGAGCUGACCCAGUGCAAGAUGCCGCCGCUGAUGUAUCCGGUAAUGACGAUGGGACCGGGCCACGAGCCCAACGUCGGCAUGUUCAUCGACGAGCACAAGAAGCGGGCCGACAGUGACCCGAAUGCGCCACCGUUCGACGACCUGCGCAACUACGCGUACGAGGGAGGCGGCAGCACGGCCGGAUCGCUGAGUUCGCUACAGUCAGGCACGGACGACGAGGUGCAGGAGUUCGACUACUUGGACGCCUGGGGCCCACGGUUCGACAAAUUGGCCAACAUGUACGGCGAUCAUCAUCCGACUGAGCUUGAUGAUUUAAAUUAAAUCCUAGCUCGGCACCGACACACUGCCGCCACAACUCGUCUCUCUUGCUCCACCCGGGGUGGGAAGCAGCGGACGGAUAGCAAACGCGGAGGAGAAUGAAUUAAAGUGGACAAGUAAGUGACAGCAUAAGUAAAAAGAGACAAUGAAUCGCGCAACCGAACGGGAACGAACAGAGUGCAGAUAAGAAAAUCAAGAAACGACCGACGACGACGACGACGUAGACGAUAACGACGAGAGAACGACAGGAAAGAGGGUGGCCUCCGGGGGUAGGGGGUGGACGCUGAGCGAAUGAAAGAUUACAGGUGCGUCCCUAGAACAUGUUGGACGGCGCAAAACAACGACCGAGGCGGCAUUCCCGGGAGCCCCCAAACCGGAGUAGCUUUCGGGACUUUUUUGGGUUUGGUGGACGGAUGUGUUUUAUGAAAAAUUUGCUUCGAAAAAAAAAACACCUCCAACGCCAUCGGGCCAGCUGCCAGCAACACGCCAACGAUAUGCCGCGGUCACCCCUCAUCCUGAACCAUCCGUCUUCGCCCCGCCCCCCAAACUCCCCGGAGGGACAGUCUCGCUCUUGGAACUGCCAUUAAUCUACCGGCUGCGAUCAGCUCCUCUGGACCCGGGCGAACUUAUUUCAUAAGCCAACCGUGCUAGGCCUAAGACAAACAACACACUGGAUACACAGCGAGCCCAUUUGGCGCAGUUCAAGGUCAGUUAGGUACAGAAAUAAAGCAGAUUCCGACACCGGAAUCGGUAGGUAGGUGUAUGUGCGUUGUGCCGAUGGAGGCGCAUGGUCGCCGGUAGAUCUUAUUUUAAGGCCCCCGUACUGAUGCCUAGAUUUUUUAACCUAGAGUUCUCGACGUUGUUGUUGGUUUAUUUGUUUCCCUCCACUCUUGGUCUAUAUUUUGUGAAGCCUCAUCGUCUCCGGUUUUUAGUGGAUUUUUUUAUCGUGUAAAAAUAAUUUCUACGUUUCGUAUUACACACCACAGUUAGCCAGUAUGAAAACACACAAAUCAAACCAACGAUACAGCGCAUUCCCGAAUGUGUGUUUCCUUCAAAUUAGUCGCCUUCGCGAGGGAUAGGUUUCCUUGUAAGUACGUGGUAGAACGGAAUGUUUUCGGAAAGGGAAUAUUCAAAGAGAGUUUGUGAA